AUGGAUGCCAUUCGCGAAGUCAAGUACCUACAGGAAUUGUCGCACCCGAAUAUUAUCGCACUUCACGACGUAUUCUCUUCCAAAGACCAAAAUCUUAAUUUAGUUUUGGAGUAUUUACCGCGUGGUGAUCUUGAGAUGCUCAUUAAAGAUGUGGAUGUACAUUAUGGCGUGGCUGACGUAAAGGCUUGGAUGGGUAUGCUUGCCAGAGGGGUCUGGUUCUGUCACGAGAGUUUUGUGCUGCAUCGAGACAUUAAACCAAACAACCUUCUUAUUGCCUCCGACGGGGAGGUUAAGCUGGCGGAUUUUGGCCUUGCGAGAUCGUUUGCCGACCCCUACCUGAACAUGACGCACCAGGUUAUCACACGAUGGUAUCGACCGCCCGAGCUACUCUACGGUGCACGACAAUAUUCGGGCGCUGUGGAUAUCUGGUCCAUGGGAAUGGUAUUCGCGGAGCUUCUUUUGCGAGUUCCGUUUGUCGCUGGGAAUUCUGAUCUUGACCAAAUCUCUAAGAUUUGUGAAGCAUUUGGUACCCCAACCGAAGAACAUUGGCCAGGAGUUACCCGCUUACCCAACUACAUACCCUCAGAUCCUGCCCGCACCGUGCCGUUACAAGGCCGGGAGUUCUUCCUGCGGCAGUUCCCAACUGCUGGUUUUGUUGGUGCCGACUUACUAAUGUCAAUGUGUACUCUUGAUCCGAGAAAGCGUAACACGGCAUGCCGGGUCUUACAGCACAAUUGGUGGACAACCGAACCGAGACCGACAGAUAAGGCAGAUUUACCAAAGAAGUCUGGCGGCCCAAAGAAAAUGGGCAAUGACUUGACAAGAAGAGCUGGUGAGGUCGACAAUACCCCAUUUAAGAAUACGGCUCGGCAGUUGGAUUUUAGUGCAAUAAACCAGUAG